UACAGUGUAAUUAUGUGGAUAUCCUGAGUGAUGAUUUGGAAUGAAAUAAUCAGUUACUUGCUGGUUUAAAUCCGUUAUCUGCUAUUAAUUGUAUGAAUACUUAGGCCGAAUUUAAAUGUGUUUCCUCCAUUGUUUAUUUUAUGUAUUUUUUGUCGGCCAAAGUCUGGCUCGACUGUCUGGAAUCCUUUUAAAGGCGACGCGUCGCUGUCUGCCGCUGCAGAAGAGAUCAGAUGGGAACAACAUUUUCAAAAAAUGCUCCCCAAACUUCAGGGCCUGGAUAAACUGGCAGGACACACUGCCGUCAGCUCGGACAGAGACUCUACCUCUGAAGGCUGCAGUGUCAACUAAAACGAUGCAGUCCCUGCCCAUGGAAGUGGGAAGCAGCAGCAGCAGCAGCUGCUCGGCUCCCAGCGACACAUCUGGCCCGGUGGUGCAGGUGUGCUUCCCCAGCGCUCAGGCCUCUGUGCUGGACAGCCUGAACCGGCAGAGAGAAGACGGCAGGCUCUGUGACCUCUCCAUCCACGUUCAGGGACACGUGUUCAAAGCUCACCGCUGCGUCCUGGCCGCCUCCUCACCCUACUUCCAUGACCAGGUACUCCUGAAAAACAUGUCUACAGUCUCCAUCCCGGCCGUAAUGGACCCGCUGGCGUUUGAGAGCGUGCUGAGCUGUGCCUACACCGGUCAGCUCCGGAUGCUACGCGAAGACAUCGUCAACUACCUCACGGUGGGCAGCGUCCUGCAGAUGUGGCACAUCGUGGACAAAUGCACCGAGCUGCUGAAGGAGGGUCGGGCUACAACGGGAGGAGGGAGCAGUGGAGGAGGCGGCGUGCAGGAUGGAGCCAGUGUCGGAGCAGGUGGAGGAUCCGCUAACCUCGGAUGCAGCAGCAGCAAUGGUGACGGUGCUGCAGGUGUAGGUGAUGAAGCUGGGAGUGAUGAUAGUGCUGGCGGUGGUCAAGCCCAGGUCGUGGGGUCCAACGAGCCUCAGCGUGCCUCCCAACCUCCCAGCCGCCCGUCAGUCAGCGAGAGCCAGUCUCCCAGUAGCACCAACUACUUCAGCCCCAGGGACGGGAGCAGCUUCGGAGGAAGCGGAGCAGCUGCAGCUGGGGCUUCAGUGGACGGAGGCGGGGCGAGCAACACCCCCAGCUACUGCACCCCCUCAGGAGGAGAGGAAGCCUUCCUUAUCGAGGAAGAAGAGGAGGAAGUAGAGGAGGAAGAGGAGGAGGCGUUGUACCACCAAAGGAAGAGAGGAAGAGGAGUAGGAAGCGGGAGGAGGAAGAAAAUGAGCUCAGUGUCGGAGCAGGAAGUUGGGGUCAGCGACAGCUUUGGCGUGUCCUCCUAUCAGGACGGAGAGGACUCAGCGUUGCCGCUGCAGAAGCGUCCGACCUACAGCCAGCCCAGCAUCAUGCCUCGUAAACAGUGGGUGGUGGUGAAAACUGAACGCAUGGAGGACGAUGACCUCAUCGUAGUGUCCGGGGAGGAGGGAGGAGAAGACGAGGAGGACGAGGAUGAGAGGGAGAUGGAGCUGGCAAGAGAGAGGGAGCGAAGCGACUUCAACAUCUCCAACGUCAGGAGCCUUUCAGCCGACCUGGGGGGCAGAGCCGAGAAUGACAUGGACUCACAGGUGGACUACUGCCAGUCUUCAGAAGACUACCUCAAGUUUGAAGGCAGUUUAAUGGACCAGACUUUAGCUCAGCACCUUCAUGACAGUGCAGCAGCGAGUCAGAGCCAGAGCGCUAACCGUGCUGUUUCAGCCCUGCUGGGCCAAGUUCAGUCUGCAGCCUCGGCCCGGGCCCAGCUCUUCCCCCUGGACAUGCAGGGGAACCAGAUCCUCCUCUACAGCCAGGCCUCCGGACUCUCUCUGGACGCUGCCGCCCCCCCACUGGGGAUGGCAGGUGGUAUGAUCGGAGGAGCCUCGUUCAAAGGUCCCAGUCUGGAGCACGGUGCGGUGCACCUGUCGGUGCAGGGCGGUUUGGGAGUUGAUGGCAUGGACGGUGGGGGGAUUGGAGGAGGAGGUGGCAAUGGUGGCAGUAACAGCGGCUCUGGGGGUUCUGGGAAAGUGUUCAUGUGCCACUGUGGUAAGACAUUCACCCACAAGAGCAUGAGGGACCGCCACAUUAACAUGCACCUGGACCUGAGGCCCUUCCACUGCCCCGUCUGUGCAAAGAAGUUCAAGAUGAAGCAUCACCUCACAGAGCACAUGAAGACGCACACAGGCCUCAAGCCAUACGACUGCCUCGGCUGUGGCAAGAAGUUCAUGUGGCGCGACAGCUUCAUGAGGCACCGCUCGCACUGCGAGAGGCGCAGUGGGCUGGGAGAGAGCGGAGAAAGCGGGAGCAACGGCGAGGUAGGGAGAAGAGGAGGAGGAGGUGGAGGUGAGGAUGAUUUGAUUUCCUCCCCUCACCUCCUCCUGUCUGCAGGGGAGGGAGGACAGGGUGGCAUGCUGGGAGGAGGAGGGAGAGGAGGAGUUUCUGUUUCUUCUCCACAUCUUUCUGGCGGUGUUCUGUCGCCGCAGCACGCCGGCGUCUCAGCAACAGGAAGCAGCAGCAGUAACAACAGCGUUAGCAACAGCAGCAGUGCUGUUCUGAGCAACAACAUGGCCGCCGCAGGGUCGCUCCUCGGGGUGGUCUCCCACAGUCCCAGUCAGGGUCAGGGAUCAGGGAUGUUUGCUGGUCUAGGGUUGGGCCGAAGUGUGUGUGAUGAAGACGUGUGUGAAGUCAGUGCCAACGAUAGUAGCGUGACUUAAACCAGAAGUGUUCAUUAUGUCCAACGGGUGCCUCUUUCUGAGCAAACAGUCAUGCUUCUGGUUCCUGCUGCUGUCUUUGAAAUAUAGAAAACUCCUAUGAAACUAUUUUAACUGCCAACACUCAGCUUUUCAAGCAGGAAGUGCGUACUUUGUCAGGAGCGGGGAGAAAGACGAGGCCCCCGUUGGACACACAGCCUAAAGACCCUGUUAGUGUUAAUAGAAAAAUGGGACUUUAAGAUUCCAGUCGACUGUUGUGCCGUGAAGUUUCUGAAACAGACUUGUGGUUGUGCUAAUCCCAUCUAAAAGAAUCCGCAGUUCUUUAGGAAACUUGCCUCCAAAAAGUGGCCUCAUUAAAAAUAGACCUUUUGACUAAGCUAUUGUUUAAAAUAUCCGAGAUGUUAUUAAAGUUUAUUUUUUUGGUUUUGUUGAAGAAUGCUUUGCGUCUCGAGAGGAAACCAAAAACGAAGAGACAGUUCGUCACUAACAUUAUAGUAUCAGUAGAGUAAAAAAAUGGCUGUUAUAAAUUGCUGUGAUUUAUGCAGUAUUGUAUUGUAAUGUAUCACUGUCAUAUGAUUUAAAAAAAAAACACAAAUCUGCAAGAGAAGAAUUUACACAAAACAUAAUUCAUAAUCCAACUAAAAAAGAAGUUAAAAGUUGCAGAUUUGUGUUUUUUCCCUUCCAGCAGCAGUGGUACAACCUUUCCUCAGAGUCCAUGUAUCUGACUGUCAGCACUGCCAUGUUGUUUAAGAUGAUACUACUGUGCUGUUUGUUUGAAGCCGAAGCUGGAUUACAGUAAAGGUCCAAUAGUUUAUUCAUUACAAGGAAACCCUGUCUGUAUCUACCAGCCAGGGACAGUUUCAUCUUUUGCUCGGGCCUCAAACUGUUAUUUUUCAAAACUUAAAGUUCCCCUCCAGACAAGUUUUAUAGUAUGACAACAUAAUAUUGCAAUUAAACAUUAACACAAGUAAUGUUUUGUUUUACAAGGUUUUCCCACUACUCUUUCUCCUUCGUUGAUAAGUGUCUGGAUCUGGCUUCUGCUCUUCCCACCACCACUGCUUGUCUGUUAGGUUGACCAUUUACAGAGCAGUGUGCAUCAAUAUUGCUGCCGUUAGAGGAAGCAUCGGAGAGAUCUUAGCCUCCAGACUCAGGGAGAGUCUGUUGCACUAAAACAGCGACGAACAGACAUAUUUGAAUGGUAAUUAGAAUCUUUUCUUUUCUUGUCCUUUUUUUUCUAAAUUAGACUGCCAUUGGCUUUUAAAAUUUUGACGUACCUAACCUAUCUUGCCUGGCAUACGUUUUAAUCUCAGAUUUCAGGAAAGUCCUAAGACAUCUUUCUGUUAAGCAGAGAAAUGUGAAAACACUUCACUAGUGACAAACUUCACGCGAGAGGUGAGUCACUGUGAGACAUUUGAAGGGACACAAAACACAAGAAGAACUUAUCUGAGUUGAUGGGGGACUUUAAUGUUUUGUUGAAGUAGCAAAAGAUGGAAUCAUCAAUCUCUUUUCUGAUAUCGUCCAGUCCAUAAACACAAACACUACCUGUAGCUGAGCUCAGAACUUCCUCUCUGGAGCUUCAGAAGGAGGAGGCGUUGAAUCUGCUCGCCAGUAAAAGCCUCCGAUGCUUUCGGUUUUGCUGCUGUUUCACUUUCUUGUGGUUCACAGAGUUCUCGUGCUUUUGAGAAGUAUAUUAUUACUGUAAAUAUAUAGAAAUAUAUGUAGUUUACUCAUCAGACCUGGAACUAAUACUAACUUGUGAUACUGAUGCGUUUGCUGCCGUUUUAUCUGCUUUGAAAGAAGUCGGUCUGUUGUUGAGAACGUGUUCUGCAUUGGGUUCCCCAAAAAUCCUCUUAACCUACAGUCCAUCUCUUGGAUCAUUUAUGAAGAGUAUUAAAAGCUGACAGUGGUAGAUGGUUUUAUCUAAGCUAUACAGUGUAUAGUGUGUUUACAAGUGUGCCUCCUCUGAAUGGUUGACAGAACAGAAGUUAUGGACCCAAAUGAAAAGAAAAACCUUUGUUCUCAGUAGCCAUUAUGCACACAAGGAAAUUGAGUAUUUGUUUUAUUAUUAAGAGUGCCACAUAUUUAAUUUGCUUCUUUCCACUGAUGGAUUUUCUUCCUGCCAUCAUUUUAAAAGCCUCAUUGAGUCCUGAAGGUCACAAAAGUUUGUAACUGUUGAUAGAAAUUUGCUCUCUUUAUUGACUUUAGAGGUAAACAAUGCUUUCCUUUCUGUUCACAUUGAGCAGCGAUGGUUUUGUUUUGGUCUCACACCUGUUCUGUUUUGGUCCUGGGUGUGGAUGUGAAUAGUACAGGUACUUUAGUUUGAAACAUAGCUCAAGAUUGAGUGCCACUUAUUGAAUACUGCAUGUUUUAGGUCUCUCCCUGCUCCAACACAGCUGAUUGAAAUGAUCGACUCGUUAUGAACUCCUGAAGCUGCUCAAUGACAAGGUGGUCAUUUGAAUCAGCUGUGUUGGAGCAGGGAGAGACCUAAAACAUACAGGACAGGUGAACUCCAGGAGAGGAUUGAGAAAUGCUGAAGUAGAGUAAAAGUCUGUGGUUUGAUUUGGAAAUACCUGAAAAAAAGUUGUGAACAGCUGUUAAAGUAAAUGAGGUCUUUUUUAAACAUGAGGUCCUUUGGCUGUAAAUGAAUUUAAACAUUGUUUUAAUUGCAUUUAUAGUAACAAUUUAGUUGUGAUAAUGAAAGGCUUAAAGAGUCUGAACAUUUUUUGUUUUGGUACCUUGAAAGUGCUUGAAAUUGGCUUGGAUUUUACUCUUAAAAAGCUGCACAAACCCUGUAAUAAUAAUAAUAUAAAUGAUGAUAAUAGUGAAGAGGGGAAAGGCUGAACAGAUAUUAGUUACUUGUGGGAUCUCAUGACUUAUAGUUCCUUAUUGCUCACCUGCAACAGAACAAAGCAUAACUGAAACGCAGGUCGGUUUCUUUAGUUUUAACCUCACAGAAAUUUAACCUCAUAGUUUAUAUUUUUACUGUUUCAUUGUGUAUAAGUACCAUGUUCUCUUCUGGGCCUGGCUGUGGUUAAUUGUGUACUAUUAUUUCUGUGCUGGGACCGUACAUCUGAACAUGAACUGGUACAACUACUGAUCAGACUCGCUUUGUUUUUCCAUUUAAACGCUGUUGCUUAUGUUUGUAGAGUAGGUUGUAUUUGUGAUCAUGCCAACAUUUAUGCCAAAUAGGUUCAGGUGCCUUAGCAGCACGAUGACUUACUCUUACUUUCUGUUUGGAAUAAUUUAAUCUUACAAUGGAAACCCGACACGUCGUCAUUACAUGAUUUAAAACAAAUGUUUAUAUAUAACGAUGCUCUAUACUAAACCAGAUGACUAAAAAUAUGUUAUACAUUCCAAUAUGUCCUUUUAUAGAAAGUGACAGACUGUUAUUAGAGAGGAAACACUUUCUUAACCUUAUUUCAAAGUGUUAGGGUAAUACAGAAAUUCACAAUUUUCACAUUUAGCAAGCUUCAGAUUCUCCACAUGGGAGAGCUGUUCACGCAUUGUCAAACUAGAAAAUUUGAAGUUUUUUAAAUGUAUUUUAACUGGGCAUCACAUCGUGCAAUAUUGCUUACUUCGUUAAUUCACAACCAGGGUUACUUGUACCCACUUCUGCAGUUAUCAGGGGUACACAGAGAUGUUGUUAACUAAGUAAAAAAAAUUAUAUAUAUAAAUAUAUAUAUAUAAUAUUCCUUUUUCUUUCUUUCUUUUUUUUCAAUUGAGAGUGUGUGAAAAGUUGCUGGCAGAAAAGUGGAAACAGUUAAAAAGCCACAAGAAAUUUGUACUAAAUGCUUAAAAUAUUAAAUAUACAGUUCAAAUGGUUGGCAAACUAAAAGUAAUGGAUAAAUGGAUUAAAGAGUUGAUUAAAAAUAAUGACUAUACAGUUUAAAUACUUAGCUGAAAGUAUAAUUAAAUGGUUGAAUAGCUAAAUAUCUAGCCAGCAAUGGUACAAAUUCAAACUUGAAAGACAACUUAUACAUUGACAGUUUAAAUACAGGGGGGGAAAUACUGUAACAAAGAUUUUUAAAAAGGGGUGUAAAUUUAGUUCAUCCGAUGGUGGUACGUCUUUAGGAAAUGGCUGGAAACCACUGGCUUACGUUAAUAAUUUUCAUUACAUCAUUAGUUUAAACAACAUGCGUCUCAUUCAGUUGUAACAGAAAUGUAAAAAUUCAAAAGUAGGAAAGAAAAUGGUUUUACUGAGAGAAAAGUGCAUCAUUAUGUGAGCAAAGGUGAGCCCCCCUUGUGGCCAAGGUUGGUACUGUGAUUAAGAAAUUAUGAUAAAAUAAACCUGCAGCAAUGUGAUGUGUGUUUAUAAAGAUAUGUAGCUGUAUUAUUGUUUCACUCCUUUAGUCUGCCAUACUGUAACCAAAUCAUGCUUCAGUGUGCCAGUGUAGCUACAGCACAGGGCAGUUAGUGGUGGAAGUAAUAUUACACAUGACCUCUUAAACAUGUCACAUGCCUUCAGAGAUGUUUUACAUUUCCAGUUACACAGAGAAAAGAAUCUGAAUGUUUUACCUUCUGUGAAGGCUGGGUUUGGAUAUUUUUAUAUGCGGGUUUGGAGCUCUGACUAAAUGAAAAGGACUGUUGGCUUUUGUAUGUGUUCAGUGAUCUUUGAAGUGUGACCUCCAGUGUUUCCUCUAUGACUGCUUCAGUCGUAUUUGUGGCUAAUUUUGGUUUCACAUUUGUUCCCUAUUUGCUCCUCUGCUGAACAGCCACAGAGAAAACACUGGAUGGAGAAGCAGAAUGUGUGAGAGACGCAUCUAAAGCUUUUUUUAAAAGUGUGGAGUUAAACACGUUUGAAGCGUGCCAGUGCGUUUAAACAUGCAUACAGAUAACUUUCACUGAGAGUGAAUGUAGGUGAGCAAGAUGAGCACAUUUACUUGUAUGUUUAUAUUCCUUUGUGUUCAGAGAAGGCUCAGUCAGAAAUAUGUGAAUUCAUAGUCCCUGUUUGUGAAACUAGUAAGUGUUGAAGGAAGAUUACACCUUAAAACAAGAAUCAUCAAAACAAAACAAGAGAGUUCAUCUGGAUUUAAGUGAAAGGUCAGCAGUUUAUAUCUGAGUUACAGUUAGCUUUGUGACACGCAAACGUGCACUGCAAGAGUUUACGAUUUGUGAUUAUUACCACCCUCAAAUAAUCAAUAAAACCUCAGAAAUGUGGUACAUAUAUAUAU